AUGCCCCGUGACGAGAAGUUCGUGACGCGUCGCGUCGCACGGCACCGGGGCGAAGUUGAUACUGAUCCUGGUGUCGACGAUGCUAUUGCUAUACUUCUCGCACUGGCGUCGCCUGAAAUAGAGAUUGUAGGAUACGUUGUGUCUUUCGGGAAUACCGAUCUACCUGCCGCACAUGCCAAUAUCUUCAAAAUGUACCAAGCUGUUGCCCGGCAUAGAGAGAAGCACCCAGGGACCUUCCCUAACCUAGAACAGGCAAUAAAGCCUUUCGUCGCCAAAGGGGCUCUUGGCCCACUGAGUGGAGAGUUGCACAGUGCACAAUACUUCCAUGGCCACGAUGGUCUCGGCGGCCUUUCGGAGAAGCACCCUGAGUUGAACGUCGCACCUUCGGUUCUCGAGUCCUCAUCUCAUCCCUUCUUACAACCCACGGAUCGCCCAGGCCACGAAAUAGCGCUGGAAUCACUACGGAAAUACGAACCCCGAGAGAUCACGUAUAUUGUCCUCGGACCCAUGACAAACCUCGCGCGGAUGAUGCGCACUGACGCCGAGUGCGUGCGCAAGCGCAUUGGACGUGUUGUGAUCAUGGGCGGCGCACUUGACGUCCCCGGGAACACGAGCCCGUCUGCUGAAUUCAACUGGUUCGCGGAUCCCUACGCCGUCGCCGAGCUCCUCACUCCCAAACCCACCGGCCCCCAUUCUGGCCUCCCGCUUUCUCGAAUCCUAAUACUCCCAUUGGACAUCACAACCUUACACGAGCUCCCUUUCCCUCUCUACAUCUCGCGCGUAGAUCCCGCCUUCGACCCUGUCAAGCUCUCGGUUGCGGCAGACAAAGACCCCAUGCAGCACUUCACGUCCGCGUUCCUCCAGCGCACCCGUGAGAUCAUGCGCGGCUUUGGUAAAGACGCCAUGGAGCUUCAUGACGUCGCUGCGAUGUGGGCGGCAGUGCUGAAUCCGCCUGUGAAGGAUCCUGCAGACGAAACAGAGGAUCUGGGCUUGACUCCUGGAUGGACCAUCGCAUGGAGAAAAUUCGAAAUGGAAUGCACAGGAGAACUGACGCGCGGGAUGUGCGUUGUAGACCGUCGCGACGACAAGGGUGCAUACGCGCCAGGAGCGAACCGUGCUGCGGUACAGGCGGCGCUUGAGCGCCAGAAUCUGAAGCAUGGACCAUUCGAGUCUACGGCUCUACCUGCACAGGUUGCAGUGGAAGAGAACGCGCAAGUGAAAUCGAAGACCGGUGGCGUGCCGACCGUCGUGGGCACGCCGGGGUCUGAAGCGUUGGUAAAUAUCAUCAUGAAGAGGGUUUGGGGCGUUUGA